AUGAUCGCCGCUCAGGCCAAGCUGGUUUACCAGCUCAAUAAAUACUACACUGAGCGCUGCCAAGCGCGCAAGGCGGCCAUCGCCAAGACCAUCCGAGAGGUCUGUAAGGUGGUCUCGGACGUGCUAAAGGAAGUGGAGGUGCAGGAGCCUCGCUUCAUCAGCUCCCUGAGCGAGAUCGAUGCCCGCUACGAGGGGCUGGAGGUCAUCUCGCCCACAGAAUUCGAGGUGGUGCUCUACCUAAACCAGAUGGGCGUCUUCAACUUCGUGGACGACGGCUCGCUGCCCGGCUGCGCGGUGCUCAAGCUGAGCGAUGGGCGGAAGCGGAGCAUGUCUCUCUGGGUCGAGUUCAUCACAGCGUCCGGCUACCUCUCGGCGCGCAAGAUCCGCUCACGUUUCCAGACGCUGGUGGCUCAGGCGGUGGACAAGUGCAGCUACCGGGAUGUGGUCAAGAUGAUCGCCGAUACCAGCGAGGUGAAGUUGCGCAUCAGGGAGCGCUACGUGGUGCAAAUCACUCCGGCGUUCAAGUGCACCGGUAUCUGGCCUCGCAGUGCUGCACAGUGGCCUAUGCCCCACAUCCCCUGGCCCGGCCCCAAUCGGGUGGCGGAGGUCAAGGCCGAAGGGUUCAACUUGCUCUCUAAGGAGUGCUACUCGCUGACCGGCAAGCAGAGCUCUGCGGAGAGCGACGCCUGGGUGCUGCAGUUCGGAGAGGCUGAGAACCGCCUGCUGAUGGGCGGCUGCCGAAACAAGUGUCUCUCGGUGCUGAAGACGCUACGGGACCGCCACCUGGAGCUGCCUGGCCAGCCGCUCAAUAACUACCACAUGAAGACGCUGCUGCUGUACGAGUGCGAGAAGCACCCGCGGGAAACGGACUGGGACGAGGCGUGCCUCGGAGAUCGGCUCAACGGCAUCCUGCUGCAGCUCAUCUCCUGCCUGCAGUGCCGCCGCUGCCCUCACUACUUUCUGCCCAACCUCGACCUUUUCCAGGGCAAGCCCCACUCGGCCCUGGAGAGCGCUGCCAAGCAGACCUGGAGGCUGGCCAGGGAAAUUCUCACCAAUCCCAAAAGCCUGGACAAACUAUAG